AUGGAUGAGCAAGCAAAUGGAUUGGCCGCAGGUUGCACGAUGUCUUGUGCCGUGCUUUGCGGUUUCCUGCUGCUGCUGCUGCUGCUCGUGGACGCCGCACUGACGUGGUCCUUGUGGCACGGCCUGCUGGGGGGGGCGUGGGUCAACGCUUCCGGCGAGCCGGCGGCAGCGGAGCAGUGGCCCUGGGCCUGGGCCUGGGCCGCCGCGGCGCUCAAGUGGGCGCUCCUCCACGCCGUUGUGCACGCAGCGGCGGCCGCUAAGAAUCAUCGGGCGGUGCUAGGCAGGCUGGCCACCCUGCUCGUCCUCUUGCCCACGGUGCUCCAAAGAGGCCUCGAGCCCCCCGGGUUGGGCGCUCUGCUGCAGGUGGCGCUGUGCUCGGGGCUGAGCUGCCUCUUUUGGGAAGCGGGCUUCGGCGGUGGCGGAGGGUCGGCGCCAGAGGGCCAACCGGCGCCGGCCGCCGGCCUCCUGCUCGCCAGGUUGCUUCGGUACCUCAGACCCAACCAGCUUUCCCUGACGGCGGGCUUCGGCGUCAUCACCCUGGCCGUGGCCUGCGACACGCUGGUCCCGCUGUUGCAGGGCACGGUGACGGACGUGCUUCGGGACGGGGCGCUGGACUCCGCUUUCUACUCGGCGCUGGGAGCGCUGGUGUGCUUCUCGGCGGGCAGCUGCCUUUUCUCGGGUUUGCGCUCCAGAUUCUUCAAGAUGGCGCACGCUCGCCUCAACAAGCGCCUGAAGGUGGCGCUGUUCCGCUCGCUGCUGGCCCAGGAAGUGUUCUUCUUCCAGGAGAACCAUCCAGGCAUUCUCUGUUCCCGCCUGCACUCGGACGUGAACAAGAUGGGCCUGACGGUGGGGCUCAACGCCAACGCCGUGCUACGCAGCUCCAUCAAGAGCGUCCUGAUGCUGGCGGCCAUGUUGUAUCUGUCGCGUCCGCUCACGGCGCUGGCGUGCAUCGAGAUCCCGCUCAUGGCCGCGCUGCAGAGACGACAAGUCCGCUGUCACAAGGAAUCAAAUGAGCAGAAGCAGGACAGCCUGGCUCGCCUCAAAGAGCUCAGUCAUCAGUCGCUGGGCGGAAUCCGCAGCGUCCGAAGUUUCCGCGGCCAAUCGGACGAAGCCCAACGAUUCCGUCGAGAACUCGGACGGCUCAGAGACAUCAGCGUGCGGGACGGACGACACAAAGCUGUCUUCAAGCUCCUGAGUAGGUUUGGCAGUUUGGCCACCAAGGUGGCGAUGCUGCUGGCGGCUCGCUCGCUGGUGUCUGGCGGGCGGCUGAGCACCGGGACCCUCCUGACCUUCUUCUUGUUCCGGAAGCCCAUGUCGCACAACCUCAAGGAGAUCUUUGUCUGCUCCGGGGACACACUGGCCACGCUGGGCAUCAUCUGCAAAGUCUUCAGCUACCUGGACCGUCAACCCAAGUGCCGGCCGGCCGGCCAACUGGCGCCCGAGGCGCUCCGGGGCCAGGUGGUGUUCCGGAACGUCACCUUUGGCUACCCUUCCGUGUCGCCGGAAAAACCGGCGCUGAAGGACGUGUCCAUGGUGCUGGAGGCGGGCAAGGUGACGGCCCUGGUGGGGCCGUCGGGUAGCGGAAAGACGUCCUGCGCGGGGCUCCUCAAGCGACUGUACGAGCCGCAGCGGGGCGACAUCCUGCUGGACGGACGGCCGCUGCACGCCUACGGCAACGCCUACUUCCACGGCAAGGUGGUUGCCGUUCCCCAGAAUCCAGUCGCGCUGCGCGGCUCGCUGCGCUACAACGUGGAGUACGGCCUGGGGCCCUGCCGCACGGAGCAGCUGCAAGAGGCGGCCGCCAAGAUCAAAGCCGAGCGGCUGCUGGCCAAGCUGGACACCGCCGAGGCCCACGCAGACGCCGAUGAGGUCGGCGCGCAUCUGUCGGAGGGCGAGAAGCAGAGCGUGGCGCUGCUGCGGGUCCUGCUGCGUCAGCCCAGGGUACUCAUCCUGGACGAGGCCACCAGCCAGCUGGACGUCCACGCGCAACACGCCGUCCUGGAGGAGGCGCUCAGGUGCGGCUGCACGGUCCUGAUGGUGGCGCACCGUCUGAACUGCGCCGAGCGAGCCCACCGCAUCGUCUUCUUGGAGGACGGCGUGGUGAUGGAGCAGGGCACGCACGCGCAGCUGAUGGCCAAGGGGGGGCGCUACUGGCAACUCAGGAAGGAGCUCUUGGACCACUGACCGUAACCCGUCUGCCCUGUGCUGACGGACCAACGGGCUUUUGCAUCUGGAGUUGAAAACAGCGGGCGGAUGGCAAGCUGAGCCUGGAUUUGAGGCCACUACGUCUGACCUGUGAGAAAUCCAAUAAAUGCAAGACAAACGC